AUGGCAGGAGCCUCGGCCAUGGGCUGGGGUCUCUGCGUGGCCCUGCUGCUGCUGCUAGCGGCCACCCUGGGGCUGGGGCAGCAGCCACACCUUGAGCCUGGUCUCCUAGGCCUAUGGCACAGCUACGACUGUGGGAUGAGGGGCAUGCAGCUGCUGGUGUUCCCUCUGCCAGGCCAGACUGUCCGCUUCAAGGUGGUGGAUGAAUUUGGGAACCGAUUUGAAGUGAACAACUGCUCCAUCUGCUAUCACUGGGUCACGGCCAAGCCCCAGGGUCCUGUGGUCCUCUCUGCUGAUUACAAAGGCUGCCACGUGCUGGAGAAGGACGGACGUUCCCACCUGAGGGUGUUCAUCGAAGCUGUGCUGCCCGAUGGUCGUGUUGAUGUAGCACGAGAUGUCACUCUGAUCUGUCCCAAACCUGACCACACCUGGACUCUGGACUCCCACCUGGCGCCCCCCACCGCAUCCUCACUCUCUCCCCUGCAUACUCGUCCCCUCCACCACACCCCAGAGCAUGGCUUUGUCCAUCCAACUCCUGCCCCGCCAUUCCUUGGACCUGGACCCACCCACCCCACCCUGGGUCCACCCCAGUGGGGCACCUUGGAGCACUGGGAAGUUGACAGGCCAGCUUCCAUAGGUACCCAUCUGACCCAGGAGCAGUGCCGAGUGGUCUCUGGGCUCAUCCCCUGCAGAGUGAGAAGUAGUUCCAGGGAAGCCUGUCAGCAGGCUGGCUGCUGCUAUGACAACAGCAGAGAGGUUCCCUGUUACUAUGGCAACACAGCGACUGUCCAGUGCUUCAGAAAUGGCCACUUCAUCCUGGUGGUGUCCCAAGAGACAGCCUUGGCACACAGCUUCACACUGGCCGAUGUCCGCCUGGCUUACGCCCCUGCCAGCUGCUCCCCGACCCAGGAGACGAGGUCCUUCGUGGUCUUCCACUUCCCCCUCACCCACUGUGGCACCACAGUCCAGGUGGUUGGCAGCCAACUCAUCUAUGAGAACCAGCUGGUGUCUGAUGUGGAUGUCCGGGUGGGGCCGCAGGGUUCCAUCACACGGGAUGGCACCUUCCGGCUUCACAUGCACUGUGUCUUCAACGUCAGCGACUUCCUUCCUCUCCAGGCGUCCAUCUUCCCUCCCCCAUCACCAGCCGCUGUGAACCAGUCUGGCCCCCUGCGGCUUGAGCUGCGGAUUGCCAAGGAUGAGACUUUCGGCUCCUACUACGGGGAGGAGGACUACCCCAUCGUGAGGCUGCUCCGUGAGCCCAUCCCCGUGGAGGUGCGGCUCCUGCAGAGGACAGACCCCAGUCUGGUCCUAGUGCUGCACCAGUGCUGGGCCACUCCAGGCGCCAACCCCUUCCAGCAGCCGCAGUGGCCCAUCCUGUCGGACGGGUGUCCUUUCGAUGGUGACAGCUACAAGACCCAAAUGGUAGCCUUGGACAGGGCAGAGCUUCCCUUCCCGUCUCACUACCAGCGCUUCACUGUUGCCACCUUUGCCCUCCUGGACUCAGGCUCCCAGAGGGCCCUCAGGGGACCGGUUUACUUCUUCUGCAGCGCCUCUGCCUGCUCCCCCUCGGGCUUGGAGACCUGCUCCACCACAUGUAGCUCUGGGACUGCCAGACUGCGACGAUCCUACAGUCACAACGACACUGCAGUGCCCCAGAACAUCGUGAGCUCUCCAGGGCCAGUGGGCUUCAAGGAUUCUUAUGGGCAGGAGCCUACGCUGAGGCCGGCAGGCUCCACCAGGAACGCCAACCCGAGGCCUGUCCUCUGGAUGGUCCUUUCGCUGGUGGCUGUUGCCCUGGUCCUAGGGGUCGGCGUCUUUGUGAGCCUGAGCCAGGCCUGGGCCCAGAAGCUCCAGGAAGGCAACAGAGGGUGA